AUGGUUUCUACCAACGCAACUAUAACUCAAUUAUGUAUUAUUAUGAAUACCAUUUCUCUCAUUUCUUCUGUUGCCUCAUGCGUAACAUUUGGCUUCAUACGAACAUACUAUCCUAAACUUGCGGAUCGUGUUUCAUUUCGUUUAAGUUUUGCGGCCUUAUUCUGUGAUAUAGGUUAUUCUGGUCAUCAUUUAUUGUUUUUUUGUUGGGAUGCUACUCCAGGUUUUUUAUGUGUAUACGCGGGUCUGCAACUGGGCACGUACCUAUGCACAACAAAAAAUACAUGCAUAGACAUAGGUAUGAAACUCAGUAAUUGCUGGUAUCUUGCUACUAAUCCAAAAAAUAAAAUAAUAUGGCAAUGGGUUACUCUUUUCAGUUGGAUAGAUGCAUCUAUAUUGUAUUGUGCAAUUGUUAUUAUUAUGGUCAUUAGAAAACUCAAAUUUGUGGCAGAAAAAUUCGAUUCUUCUGAUUAUUCUUUGACUACUCGGUUAUCUAGUCAUCCCCCCUUAAUUGAUAAAUAUAUGAUUUCAUCUGUCGUCAGAAGAGUGAUGUGGUAUCCUGUGUUGCCGGUAGCUCAAAUUUUUGGCUCUCUCGCUGAAACUUAUCAUUAUGUUAAUCAUGUGACCCCUUAUUCAUUAAUGUUAAUUAGCUAUAGAUUACUGAGCGCUUUAGUAUUUUCACAAGAUAUUGCAGUUACUCGUACUUUUCAGGCUAUUAAACUACAAUGGUGGAUAUCCAAUGUUAACUAUUAUGAGUCACAUUAUCCUCAUCGAUCUCACAACAAAGCCAUUACUGAUAAUCCAUCUCGAUUAAUUUCAUCUGAACCUUUAUCAUCAAUUAAUUCUUUUGUUGGCAAUGACGAUUCAAAUCAGGAUAUAAUUCUCGAUAAUAAAAAUGAUGAUUUAGUUCUUCCUAAACCUGUUCAUUUAAAAGAUUCUAAUCAAUAUUCCUCAUCAAUUUCAUCUGAGCCCUUAAUAGGUAGUUCUCAAAGUUAUCAAACUAAUAACACAGAUGUAAUUGAUAUAUUAAACUGUGCGGUUGAAGAUGAAGGACGAAUUGAUGUCAUGAAAAUUAUUGGCGAACCAACAAAAAGAAUAUCAGAAGAACAUACAAGAAUGUUUGGCUCAGAUGUCGAAUCAUUUAAAGAAACUGAAAUAAUGUUAAGAAAGCUUUAA